AACUGCUAGUACGAACGGUCCACUUCUCAUAACCGAGAGACAAAAUGUACUCCGCUGAAGGAAGCACCAGCAACGGUUGCAAACGCGUGAAUUACUACGUUCCACGAGACGAAAUUAAGCCGUGCAAGAAACCACGAGAUGAAAUUAAACCGUACAAGAAACCACUUGAUUUAUGCGAUAAACCUCGUUGUAUACCACGUAUUUUGGUACGCAGAUUUGCUUUGACGCGUACUGCUUAUAAAUACUUGGAUAUUGGAAUCAGCGUUGGAAUAACAUCUUACGUGAAAUUGCAUCUCGGCGAUAACCGAGGCAAUCAAAUCGUAUUAUCUAUCGACACAUGGGAAUCGCUAAUGAUGAAACGUGCGGACGUUGAACGACUUGUGCAAACGCCCGAUCAUACACCAAUAUGGGUUAACGAUUUAACAAUUGAGAUUGUUAAAAUAAGUGAUUCGAGUGUUGUCAAACUUACGUUGCGCGAUUCUUGCUUGUACAUGAAACCGUCAACUAUAUUUUUCUUAUUCGAACUCGAACACUGUGUUAAUCACGAAUAUUUGAAGCUGUGCGAGAAUUUAGAAGCCGUAAAUGAGAGUUUCGAUCAAUUUGUUCGGAGUUUGCAAAGUAAUAUGUUUGGCGCCGAGAGAGAUUCUGCGGUCAAAAUCUUGCGCGAAGUCUAUGAUAAAACAUCUAUCAUAGAUUGCGAACUAUUAGCUUAUGCUGUGGAUGAACUUUUGUCUGAAACCUUGAGACGAGGUGAUGUAUGGUAAUAUAAAUAAAUGUGUUAAAAAAUGAAAAAAAAUGAACAAAAUGAUUAUUUCGCUACCCUUCCUCGCAUAUAAGAUAGAUAUGUAACUGCGGCGCGACCGGGUGGGAGAAAGAUAUCGCGAGGCGUUCGCGAGUAGGAAAAGGAUAGCAU